GAGGGAUGGGUUGCCCACGGCCUCUUCAACCGGGUACCGACCUUGACCGUGAAGACGCGUCGAAACCUAGGCCUCAUCAGUCCACAUCAUCAACGCAUCUCCACUGAUCUCCUCGUGUUACCGACUUGCCGGAACCAGUCCCUGCGGCGACGAUGACUGUCUUUCCCCAGCACCACCGCAUACCACACUGGGUCUGGCCAACUGGAGUCAUGUUCUUUUUCUUCCUCACAUCCGCCAUCCGGUGCUAUGAGCUACUGCACUAUCAUCGUCGUGUGCGAGACAUAUAUCUUUUCAAAUGCUUUACCAGGACGUUCAGGACCUGGGGAAUUCUCAUUGGAAGGCGGCCUGGUCAUAUUUCGUAUUUGUCUAGGAUGCCAAGACUUGCGAAUUCGCCUUGGAAUUACGACGACUGCGUGCGAUCUGUGCUUGAUAUCUCUUCAACAGCUCUUGAUCGCGAUGCUGGCUAUGACAUCUGCUGGGAGGCUGAAGCUAAGGGUUGGAAGUAUUGGUUGUACGGAGAGAUGACUGGCUGUCUGAGUAAAAGUCGGGCGUUCCGGCAGAGGCCUUGAUCAGCCAUGAUCGUGGUUCGCAUUCAUCUUCGACAUCAACGGCAAGUUGAAGAUGUUCUGGGUUCACCAAACGUUACGCGGCACGCGUCAAAGGGGUUUUCGGGAUCUACCGUCAGACUGAGCUAUCGAUCGCGCGUAUUGUUUAGUUUUCGUCUCGACUUUGUAUCCAACUCGCGACUCU